GCGCACUCCAGCCCUGUGUAGUAACCCAGAGCAGCAGAGCUCUCAGCUAGACAUGGCGGCGGAUCCUAAGCCGGACUGGCUCUCCUGCCUUCCCUCUUCUUGGAGUUAUGGGGUGACUCGGGAUGGACGCAUAUUCUUCAUCAACGAAGAAGCAAAGAGUACAACCUGGUUGCAUCCUGUUACUGGAGAAGCAGUUAUCACGGGGCACAGAAAAACUCCAGAUUUACCAACAGGAUGGGAGGAAGGAUACACAUUCGAGGGGGCUCGCUGCUUCAUCAAUCACAAUGAGCGGAAGGUGACCUGUAAGCACCCGGUGUCAGGCGUCCCCUCCCAAGACAACUGCAUCUUUGUCGUGAAUGAACACAUGAAUUGUGGAAAGCUUGUCCACCCUGACACGGCCCUAGAGGCUUCCAGCAGGCCGGCUCCGAAGGGUUCAUCAGAGCAGGGCAGCAGCACUGACAAGAAGGAACGUCCCAUGAGCACCAUGAGCGAGGCUUCAAACUACACGGGUGGCUCCGACUACAGCACCUUCCCCGGCAGCCCUGUCACCACAGUCACCACAGGCACCACCACCUCCACCUGCUCCACACGGCCCUCUAGGUCUUCCAAAAAAGUCCACAACUUUGGCAAGAGGUCCAACUCCAUUAAAAGGAACCCCAAUGCCCCGGUGGUCAAGAGCAACUGGCUUUACAAACAGGACAGCACAGGCAUGAAGCUAUGGAAGAAGAGGUGGUUCGUCCUGUCAGACAUGUGCCUCUUCUACUACCGCGAUGAGAAAGAGGACAGCAUCCUGGGGAGUAUCUUGCUGCCCAGCUUUCACAUCUCCAUGUUGUCGGUGGACGACCACAUCAGCAGGAAAUAUGCGUUCAAGGCCACUCACCCCAACAUGCGGACAUAUUAUUUCUGCACUGACACAGCCAAAGAGAUGGAGUCCUGGAUGAAAGUGAUGACGGACGCUGCCCUCGUCCACACUGAACCAGUCAGAAGAUCAGACAAGUUGAAAGUGGACCAACGAACGCCUCAGGAGCUGAACAACUUACUGAACCACAGAGUCCUGACCAGGCCCGAGAUCCAGAACAACGAACGCAACCGCGAACCUUUGCGACAACACUCCCUAUCUCGGGCCGACGACAAACGGCAAAAAGAUGCGGAGAAACACAACGGCCAGAGGGAGCGGGAGUACUACACCUUACAGAGAGACGGGGAGAGGUACUCUCUGAAGAAAGACGGGGUGAGCUACUUGCUUCAGAAGGAUGGAGAGAAGUACCUCCUCCACAAGGAUGGAGAGAGGUACUUGCUGCGGAAAGACGGAGAGAAAUACUCGCUGCAGAAAGACGGAGAGGUGUACGCCAUUCACAGGGAUCUGGAGAAGUACACUGUUCAGAAAGUGGACGAGAAGUACACGGUGGCGCCGACGGAGGAGAAAUACGCUCCGUCCAAAGACAGAGAGAAGUAUUUGCUCACGAAGGAUGGAGAAAAAUAUGCACUGCAGAAAGUUGGAGACCGGCACACGCUCCAAAAAGAUGGACAGAAAUAUGUUCCUCAGAAAGAGGUGAAGAGACAGCUGUCGCUAAAGGAGACAGACAGAUACAGCACAAUGAGGGAGAUGGAGAAUAAAUAUGGUACCAUACAAGUCGUGGACAAAUACGGCACUCUGAAGGAAGUGAAGAAAUACAGUACGCUACGAGAAGGGGACAAAUACGCUACUCUCAGAGACGCAGAGAAGUACGCUACAGUCCGUGAUGGUGAUAAAUAUGGCUUCCAGAGAGACCCCAGCGCAGAGAGGUCUCUGACUAAAAUCAGCAGUAUCAAGCUUCAGCCCGCUCAGGCCGCCGCCAUCGCGGCCGCGGUGUCUGCAUCUCGCCAGGGCCAGGCCAACCUCAACGUCCACAAGCCUGCGCAGGUUAACGGCUCUGGGUCUGGGUCCGGGUCCGGGACAGGGGAGCAGACUGCAGACUGCAGCCCGGCAGAGGUGGAUGGCAGCCUGGCCCGGGGUCCAGUAACGUCCCCGGCUCCAGUGCAGGAGCCAGAGAGGGGCCUGUCCAGGACUAGCUCCAUGCAGCAGUUGGAGCACUGGGUCCGCACACACAGGUCAAGAGGACUGGAUGAUGACACCAGGAGCGUUACAUCCUACCAGACCUUACCCAGGAACAUGCCCAGCCACCGUGCUCAGAUUGUUCCCCGCUACCCAGAGGGCUAUCGCACGCUGCCCCGCAACAGCAUGAUGAGGCCCGACAGCAUCUGCAGUGUGGCGGGCUCUGUGUAUGACCGCGCCCUCCGCCCCGCCUCCACCUCCUCCGUCACCACAGCGGAGAAGAGGAGGUCGAUGAGGGAUGACACCAUGUGGCAGCUGUAUGAGUGGCAGCAGAGGCAGGCCUUCUCCAGGCAAAGUCUGGCUCAGCCAACAGCUGUGGGUCACUAUGGCACCCUGCCCAGCACAAAGACGAUGGGCAACAUCUCUGAACAUGCCAUGACGCACUCCAUCCCCACUUCACCGUCUCACGGCUCCCUGGCUCUCUAUAGCACCUUCUCCCCUCCCCGCCAGCAGGUCGCCCACAACCCCACCAACUCCCAGUCCGAGGUGUCCUCACCUGUGUUCCGGGGGGACGUGACGCUGGACCGCCGACAAAGGACACAGCUCGCCAAGUACGGCUACCCAACUGACCGACGAUCCAUUGCAGCUGGCGUCCCUCCUCAGACCAUCACCCCACAGUCCCUGCAAGGCAAGACGCCCGAGGAGCUGACCCUGCUGCUGAUCAAGCUCCGCCGGCAGCAGGCGGAGCUCAACAGUCUGCGGGAGCACACAGUAGCUCAGCUAAUGGCCCUGGGUAUGGAGGGGCCCAACGCCAAGACUGAUGUUCUUUCCCAUCACCUCCAGAGGAACCUUAUUUACCUUGACAGCCAGACGAAGGAGAAUGAGCCUCUAAUCUUCAUGAUUCACACUAUGAUCGAGAACUCAGCGCCAAGGCCACAACUCUACCAGCAAAUCAGCCCAGACGACUUUAAAGAGGGCGCCCUCGUCCAGCGCACAGAGGAGGCUGACAUAGAUACCAAGCUGAGCAGACUGUGUGAGCAGGACAAGGCGGUGAGGAUGCAGGAGGAGAAGCUGCAGCAGCUACACAGAGAGAAGCACACUCUGGAGACGGCCCUGCUCUCAGCCAGUCAGGAGCUGAGUGAACAGAGCGGCUCCAGCGCUGCAGCCACACAGAGUCUGGUCCAGCAGAGAGACGUGCUGCAGAACGGCCUGCUCAGCACCUGCAGAGAGCUGUCCAGAGUCAACACUGAGUUGGAGCGCUCCUGGAGGGAGUACGAUAGACUGGAGGUAGACGUCACUCAGGCCAAGUCCAACCUGCUGGAACAGCUGGAGGCCCUGGGCAGCCCACAGACAGAACCUCCAAGUCAGCGGCACAUCCAGAUCCAGAAGGAGCUGUGGAGGAUCCAGGACGUGAUGGAGGCUCUGGCCAAGAAUAAACCACAGCGAGCCACAGACAACAGUGAGACAGAUUUCCCAGGUUCCAAACCUCUGUCCAGUCUCCAGAAGAACGAAGCAGUGACGCUGCUGCCACUCAGUCCUCUCAAGGAGGGCAACACGCCCGUGCCCCCACGCCCGCCCCUCCCCCAGUACUACGACUCGUCAGAGCGCCCCCCUCACGUGCUCCCCCACCACUCACACCCCAGCAGCCGUCUGCCCCCCCACACGCUCCGCCCCGAGGACCGCAAGGCCGGCUCCAGGAACGGAGCGCACAGCCAAGCUCCAGACUAUCGGCUGUAUAAGAGCGAGCCUGAGCUGACCACAGUGAAGGAGGAGGUGGACGAGGCCAACGGUGAGGACAAGGACAAGACAGAGGCCACUGCUGAGAGUAAAGACACUGCAGCCUCAAAAGCGCCCCCCUACCCGGUGGGUAUCGUCCCUCCAAGGACCAAAUCUCCUAUGAGCCCUCCUGAGUCCUCCACCAUCGCCUCCUACGUCACCUUGAGGAAGACCAAGAAGUCUGAAUCCAGAUCAGACCGUCCCAGGAGCGCAGUGGAUCAGAUCGGUUUUGGGGAGCGAGAGGUGGGCAGAACGAGGAUGAGUGUGGAGGAACAGCUGGAGAGGAUCAGGAGAAACCAGGAGGCCUCGUCGCUCCGAGAGAAGAAGAGGGAAACGCCAUCCCGCUCACCCUCCUUCAGCAAAGACAACCCCUUUGUUAUCCUGCAGACCCGGGCCCAGGCAGAGGGUGCCUGUGCAGACCCUGUGGAGCUGGAAGCAGCUCUGCAGCAGCUGAAGGUGGCUCACAUGGAGAGACUCACACCGACUGCACCAAAGGAGUUGCUGAGAGCGGAGGAGGUGAAAUAUGACAAGUGUGAGGAGGUACAGCAGGGCAGGGCUGUGACCCUGCGGAGUGUGAAGGAGCCGCAGGCUGAGACCAACAGCAUAGACAACGAGCUGUGUGAGAGUCAGAGGGUGGUGAUUCUGGACCUGGGCACAGAGCCUCAGCGUGUGGAGAUAGUGAACCUCGAGCCCUUUGAGGAUGACGAGAGCAGGGAGCAAGACCUGACGAGCUCACCUACAAACACCACAACUGAAAACAGCUUCCAGACCCCUGAGCCUGAGACGCCCAGCCCAGAGCCCAAGGAGGAGGAGGGAGACAUGACGCAGCAAACCACCAGAGAGGGGAAGCUGGAGAGGAGCCUGGACUCUUACAACCAGUUUACAGCAGAUGACAAGAAACACAACAACAACAACAACAACAUGUUGGCUUGCUUCUCUAUGGAGCUCUAGUAACAACAGCGCAGACAUUCACCUUGGUGAGCAGCGACACGUGAGCGACGCCGGCCUUGACAUCCACACUGGCAUCCCGUAGAGCCCAAAUGUAGCCAGCCUGCACAGAGCAUGCUCCACGGCUUCCUGCGUUUACAACAGAACUACUUUGAUACUACUGUUACAUGCCCACAAGGAGACUGAGACCGAGAGGAUGACGGGCCCCCCCCCAACGGACUGAACAACACACAGACGGGCCGCCAUCACAUCCAGACAGAGAGAAAGGCAGAUGUACUGUAUCUUUAGCACCUAUUAGAUCUGUUCAUACUGAUGUUUCCUGAAGCUAAACAUUAAAUCCACGUUGUCAUAUUUAUCCCAAAACAUUUAUGCAUAAAUAUAAGAUUGUGAAAUGGUUUAGUUAUAAAGGAGGUUACAGAUGUUACAGAUGUCUGAGCAAGGCCAGGAAUGUUCUGUAUGCAUCUAUAAAGAUAAAUCAGUCUGAUGUUAACAUUACAACACUCUUUUUGUUCCUAAUGAGUUGCCAGCUAUGCAGGAAAUCAUCAGCCACACACGGUUCAUUACUGUAAGAGAUGUGUCAACUGAUUUCUUAAACUACUUGAUCUGCAUGACAGUCGUCCCUCCGGCCCUGAACACAGGUAACGAGUGAAUAACAAGUGUGUAUUGUACAGGGUUAGUGCUACAUCUGUUUCAGCCAGCUGUACCGGUUCACACCUGGAGGCAGGUCUAUCCAGUACAAUCACAGUCUGAACGGUUGGUCACUGGAGCGGUUGAUUUAGUCCUCUGGCUCCUCAGCAGUAGUAAUGAGGGGACCAAUGCUGUUUGUGGUCUCUUCUGUUCCCUCUGAUUUUACAGGUUAGAUUUAAUAACAAACUCAGACUCAGGCUGUUGUUUGCCUUGGAGAAAGUACUGUUUCUCUGUUUCUCUUCCUGAAUCUCCCAUUUGAGAGUCGGUAAUGGUUAAACAUCAGCUAUCAAACACCAAUUAAACAACCUCACUCACUACUGUCACUCACUGGUACAAGUAAUGGGCCCAGUAGAGAAAGAUGAAAAAUAAAACAAAGGCACUGACAUACAUGUUUCACAAUAUGAAUUUUUCUUCAUUUGAAGGAUUUACUUCACGGUCUGUGACGCAUUCUCAGUGGGUGUUGGGCUCCACCAGGGAAAACCCCACAGUUUCUGUUUUUAUUUUGAUGGACAGAAUCUCUAGAAGAUGUCAGGUAAUGUGCGGUAGUUCUGUUGGUUUUUUAUCAGACCAUGACCCGCAGCGCCCACAGGGACAGUUUACAGCAGAGUGUGAAGCAGCUGGUUUUAGAGUCUGAGAGCGUGGUGCACCGCUGGAAAAUAGAGUGAGCCAACAAAAUGAGUUCCCCUGACAGUGUGGCCGGGCUCAUCCUGAGAGAGAGGACGAGGGGGACUGGAGUGAAACCAGUGCUAUUUCCUAUAGAAAGGAACCAGUUGAGGUGGUUCAGGCAUCUGAUUAGGAUGCAUCCUGGACAUCCUGAUCUUUAGUGAUCUUCCAGGCGUGUCCAACUCAAAGGAGGUCAUUAGGUAACAACAUACACAAGAGAACAGUUAAUCCCUGCAACACUAUGACUGAGAUGGCGACAUCUGGUCAGGAAUAGGACACUUUUUCCAUUUCUAUGGGCUGCAGUCUUAUACAAGCCACUGGCUAAAGUAGGUAGAGUGCAUUAUAACUUACUGUUUCACUGCAGUUGUUAGAGAAUACUACCUGUCCACUGCAGUAUAAACUCAGAUUACCGUGUUUUAAAAUUUGUAUUUAAUGCCGUUCACCCAGUCAGGAUGAAUUACAUGUAAAGAAAAUGCUGAACACACAGUCCUGUUCAGUCUUUCCUAUCCUUGGCUCAGCUGGUCCAUUGCCUUUUGUUACCACAGACUCUAAGUGAGUGUCAUUUUUCUCUUGAUUUUAAGAGCUACAGCUAUAAGUAUAAAAGAUGAAACCAUUUCACAAUCUUGACUGUAUGUACGACUUGUUUUGGGGGAAAUAAAGCUCCAUAGAAACAUGUUGCUAAAUACAUACACACAUGUCAAUAUACAAAACCUUUUGAUACCUUACUAAGUAUUAAAGUCAGCUUAACAUAAUAAUGAUUAAAAUUAGAGUAUUCUACUGGUCUGGAGGAAGGGAGGGGUUAGCUGUUACUGAGCUGCUGGAGGUGAGUGUACAGCUGUAUAUAGGAGCACGCAAGACGGGCUAAGCACCAAAACUGAACACACAUGCAGUGCUUUACUUUAACCCCAAAGUGACCGCUGAUGGUCUUGGAUUUUAAACCUGCUCUGAUUUUAAUUCUUAGUGUUGAUUUGAGACCAGAGGCUCCCUUAUCGCUCUAUUUUCUUUUUUUGCACCUGCAACAUAACAGAUUGUCCUUCAUUGGAUAUAUAUAUAUAUAAAUAUAUAUUAAAAAAAGUAUAUAAACAAACUUAAAGCAGGUUUUUACUUCAACAAGGUGCCACUUCAUGCUGCUGUUUUCCUCUUUUUUUUCUGGACAGAACUAAGUCUCUUGCAGAAGUUGUGAUUAUUUAUGUCGAGCAGACAGUCUGUUGGAUGACACACACAGUAUGUGAAUGUUUUGGAUUCCCACUUUGCUUUGUUGUUUUUUUUUUUUUUUUUUUUAGUUGUCUCUUUUUGUUCUUCUUUCUUUGGUUUACAUUAGUUAGAAGAUAUACAGUAAAGAGGCUGAGGACACGACACAGAUGAGACAUUCUGGGUUUGAAUCUGUCCCAGGUGGUGAAGAAUCGGAGAAUAGCACAUGUACGAAGCAAUAAGUCGGACUUUGGAGCUCCAGGAUAUAAAAGAAAUUUAAAAAGAGAUGUAUAAACUGUAAAAAAAAAAAAAAAUUAAAAAAUAAAACAAGAUAGCAUAAUUUAUGUACACACUGAAAAGAAGAAGAGCGAAUAUUAUAACUAUAAGAGGUUAUUAUUAAUAUUAUUAGGGUCAAUAUGCAAAAAGUUCAUACCCAUCUGUUUUAUAUCAUGUGAAAUAAAUGUUGAUGUUCUUAAAACAUG